AUGGCUAGUGGUGCACCAUUCGAGUCGAUCGUACUCACCGUGUUUGGUAACGACGGCAAUGUCAUUCAACAACUCGUGACCGACGCAAUGGAGUUGUCGUUACGUCGCGACGAGGGAAAGACAGUCAUCUAUAUUAGCAGUGGUGGCAGUUGGGAGAGAUUCGGUACACCGCGUACAGCCAGAUCACUCGACUCUGUCAUCCUACCUCAACAGGGUAAAGACGGCUUGGUCAGCGACAUUCGUGACUUUUUGUCGAGUGAAGAGUGGUUCCGUAAUCGUGGUAUCCCAUACCGUCGCGGAUACCUCUUGCACGGACCACCCGGCAAUGGCAAAUCAUCGCUUGUCAAUGCGAUUGCCGGCGAGCUCAAACUCGACAUUUGUAUAGUCUCUUUGUCCAACUCUGAAAUGGACGAUCACCAAUUCAACAGUCUUCUCAACAAUGCGCCACCCAAGAGCAUCCUUUUAAUCGAGGAUGUUGAUGCAGCCUUUUCACGUCGAUCUGCUUCGUCAGAGGUAUCAUCCAAACUAUCGUUUUCAGGUAUUUUGAAUGCCCUUGAUGGCGUGGCCUCACAAGAGGGUCGUAUACUCUUUAUGACCACCAACCACUUGGAAGUACUCGACAGUGCUCUCAUCCGUGAAGGACGUGUCGAUCUCAAGAUACAAAUCUCCAAUGCCACCAAGCAACAAGCUCAACAACUCUUUACCUACUUUUACUCACUCGACAAUCAAAACCCAUCCAACCUUGAAAUGGCCACCCAAUUUGCCUCUAAAAUAACAGACUACAGUCUAUCCAUGUCUCAAAUUCAAGGUUUCCUACUUCAAUACAAAUCAUCUCCUCAAAAAGCAUUAAAACAUAUUAAUAAAUUAAUUCCAGUCUCUUUAGUUUAA